AUGACGUCGAAAUCUUCUAGUAGUGUUUCAUCGUUGAAACGAAAAGUACAACUUGUACAACAACCAAUACCAUCAUCUUCGUCUUCUACACAAUCGAAACAAAUAAAAAAAGAGCCUAUUCCAGAAAAGCCUAAGUCUCAACGUCAUCAUGAUAUAACAGAAGAUGAUAUAAUACGUUCACGUCUUCUUUAUGAAGGUGAUCAAGGUAUUGAUGAUCGACGUAUAUUAUCAUUAAUGAAAACAUUUAAUAAAGUUGUACAUGACUUACCCUCGAAUUCGGAUGAGAACAAUGCUACUAUAGAAAAAUUAUUAGCUUUACUUUAUUCAAUUGAACAUUCACAUCAUCUUUUAAAAUCUUCGUAUCAAAUGGAUGAACUUGAACAACUUUGUUACGCUUCGAAAACUCAACAGCUAAAUGAGCAAAUCAAGCAGCUGCGCCAUGAACUUGAUCAAAGUGAUUUACGUUUGAUUGAAGCGAAACAAAAACGUGCAAAUCUACUUGAAUAUGAUGCUCGCGCAGCUACCAUCAAUAAAUUAGGUACACGCCGUGAACUACGUGCACAACAAUCGGCCACAUUAGAGCGAAAACAUUAUUUUGAACAUCUUCAACAAACAUUUGAAGCCACGUAUCAACAACGUUUGAAACAAAUAGCUGUUUAUAUGCGUCCGAUAUUUGAAUUAGAUGAAAUUUUACGACAAGAUGCUCAUGAAGAUAGUCCAACUGAUGGAUCCAAUGAAUCGCCUGCUGAGCAACCAGUAUCAACAUUGAUUUCUACUCUGCCAGCUGUAAAAACUGAGAGACAACGUACAAAUUCUGACUCUUCGACAGCUUCAAUCGAAGCUGAUGAUCCGAAUUCAACAACAACACGUUCUAAACGACAUAAAAAUCAUUUAGGAUUAAUAUCCUUAUCAGCAUCAUUAGCAAAUAAUCAACCACAAGCCUUGUUUUCCAAUGAAACAGAACUGUUUGGUACACAGCUUGUUAAUCCAUCGUUAUUAUUAUCCUCAAAUAUUUCUUAA